AUUCUCUGUGUGCAGGGCCCGCCUGCACUGCAGGGAGGGUUCGGGAGGAGUCGAUUGUGUUAUCUUUUUUUUUUUUUUUUUUUAGGUUGAAAUCGAGAAGAAGUCGUCUCUGUGGAACGCUGGCAGCAAGUGAAUCGAAGUUAGGAGCGGGCGGCUGCUGUCGCUGCCGGGGCCAGGAGGCCCGUUGGGCCAUGGCUAAGCAGGGAAGGCCCCCGCGCGCGGCUGAGGGGUAGGCCGGUAGCUGGGCUGAACCCGAGGGAGGCCUGUAGCCGGCCAUGGCCCGGCGGCGGCGCCGCGCUUGCAUCGCGCUCUUCCUCGUUCUGCUCUUUGCUUUUGGCACCCUCAUGGGGCUGCGCACACUGAAGGCGCCGGAUGGGCUCCCAGAGCUCGCCCCAGGAUUGGAGCUGGGCCCAUUUGAGCGCCGUGCCCCCAUGCCCGCUGGACCCCCAGCAGCAGAGGCUGAGGCCGCCCGUGUUCCGCAGCCGCCACCCCCCGCGCCGCCGCGUACAGCUGCGGGCCCGAGCCCGGCCCCGGCCCCUGUUCCUGCUCCGGGAUCUGGCCCGCCUGUCUACUCCGACCUGCACGUCUUCUAUUAUUCGUGGUACGGCAGUCCACGGGGUCGGGAGGGCCGCUAUGUGCACUGGGACCACGUUAUGGUGCCGCACUGGGACCCUAAAGUGUCUGCCAGCUACCCCAAGGGCCGCCAUAGCCCCCCGGAUGACCUGGGCUCCAGCUUCUACCCUGAGCUGGGACCCUAUAGCUCCAGGGAUCCCGAGGUCUUGCGGGAGCAUAUGAACCAGCUCAAAGCUGCUGCCAUCGGGGUCCUGGUCCUGUCCUGGUACCCACCAGGCAUGGCUGAUGACAAUGGGGAACCCUCAGAUGAUCUGGUACCUGCUAUUCUUGACACUGCACAUCAAUACAGUAUCAAGGUGGCCUUUCAUAUACAACCCUACAAGGGUCGGGAUGACCGGACGCUUCAUGACAACGUCAAGUACAUCAUUGAUACGUAUGGAUCCCAUGGAGCAUUUUAUCGCUACAAAAACAGCAUGGGCAGGAGCCUGCCAUUGUUCUACAUCUAUGACUCAUACCUUACCCCUCCUGAGGCGUGGGCCCACCUGCUCACCCCCUCGGGAUCCCACUCAAUCAGAAACACUCCCUAUGACGGCGUGUUCAUUGCCCUGCUGGUAGAAGAGGCCCACAAGAGGGACAUCUUGUCCGCUGGCUUUGAUGGCAUGUACACUUACUUUGCCUCCAAUGGAUUCUCCUUUGGCUCUUCCCAUCAGAACUGGAAAGCAGUCAAGACUUUCUGCGACGCCAACAAUCUGAUGUUCAUUCCAAGCGUGGGGCCUGGCUACAUUGACACUAGCAUCAGGCCCUGGAAUAACCACAACACCCGGAACCGGGUCAACGGCAAAUACUACGAGACGGCGCUGCAGGCCGCCCUCACAGUGAGGCCGGAGAUCGUCUCCAUCACCUCCUUUAACGAGUGGCACGAAGGGACCCAGAUCGAGAAGGCCAUCCCCAAGAAGACCCUCACUCGCCUCUACCUGGACUACCUGCCUCACCAGCCUAACUUGUACCUGCAGCUGACUCGGCGCUGGGCUGAGCAUUUCAUCAAAGAAAAGGAACAGUGGUUGAUGUGACUGAACCUGCAGCCUCAAGGAAGGAGAGCUGAGGAGUGACCAGUCCCAGAUAUACAGAAAGGAGCUGGACUGCGGCACAACUGGAUGAGGUCGCAGCAACCUUCAUCUCUAAGCUAGGAGUGCUGGUGCUCCUGGCGUGGCCCUUUGGGAGUAGGCCAGAUGGGGAGAAUGAAAGAAGGGGUAGUGUGGUAGUUUGUCGGCAGCAAACAUCAAUCCACUCAGUGGCAGUUAACAGUGGAGGGAGGACAGUCUUAAGCCAUUGAGCCAGCAUUAGAACAUUCAGCAAAGUUGCAAAAUGCUUUCUAGACUUGAACUUUGCUACAGUAGGUCAGCAUAAAAUAGGGAAGUAUUUGUGGUAUUUCACAAACAGCUGCUCCACUUCCAAAACAGUGAGAGCAGGGUUGGGGCUCAGCAUGUGUUUAAUCCCUUUCUCAAGCCCCACCUCAAGCCUUGCUCCACUCUCCCUGAGGAUAGAAAUGGAAAUCAUAGUUUGCCUCCAAGAAGCUUUUCCUUACAUAUUUUUUAAAAGGAAAAUUCCAGAGAAAAUGACUGAUGGCCAGAAAUCAGUGUGAGAAGGAAUCUGAGCGGUCAGCUGGCUCUACUCAACAAGGCCUUCCUUAUAUGUAGUGACAAAGCUGGGGCUUUCCUUUCCUGAAGUUUACUGAACCCAGAAGUGGAUUAUACAUGAGUUAUGUGUUUUUCUUCCUGUGCCCUGAAUUAUGAGUCUAAAUGGCUCAAAACUCUUCCUUUUCAGCAACAAAACAAAACCCAUUAUUCGGGGUGGGGGGAUUCACCUAGCUUGCAGAGUACUAAGUUGAUGGGAUAAUAGUGAGACAGUAUCAAUAGUUCUUUUGGGUGCCUCCACCUCACAAAUCCCUGUUUGCAAAAAUUUCAGUAAUGAAGCCCACCCAGUAGAGCCACUUUUCAGUGCUACCGUGAUUUGUAUUAAAUAAAUGUCAAGUGCUCUC